CAUGAACAAUAGCUAAGUUCCCUGCUGUGCAUCUUAGAAGUUGUUUUCAUUCUUCUCUUUACAAGUCCUGAAAAUUUUCUGGCAUUUUCCCAAGCGUUGCCUACCUCGGUACCGUCUUUCACGUUUGUGCAAAUAAAAUUGACAUCUGGAUGUGCCUUGACGUGGGGGUUGGGGGUUGUGCCAGUGAGCCUGAGCCUUUUGAACUGUAUUCACUGUUAGGAUUUGUACCAAUGACGGUGUCAAUCAUUCAUAAGUGUGGAAAAUUUUGAUGCUACAUCCUCGGUCAUCAUUUGAUGCUUAUCUUGACAUCCGAAUUUCUUACGUUAUGAUUUAUGUAGAAUUGAUGAUAUCAUAUGGGGGCAUUGACCUGAGUAAACGGUUUUUGGCGUAUUGGGCAUGUAACGUUCUGAGUUCCAGACACUUUAUAUCAAUAAUUCAUGUGACAUCUUCCUCAGCUAAACUAGCUAGUGGAUGUGGCAGUCAUAUCUAGUAAACAAAGAAAGCAGAAACAAGAUAAAAAAGAAAAAAGAAGAGUUUCCUUUGGCUUCUGUUUUCUGCGGCUUAACUCGGUUCUUCAAUCAAAUCUUCUCUUUCCACUUCUUCUUGUGCAUCUAUGGUCUUGAGCGGUUUGUAGCUCUUAUGGUUAUAAGCGUUGAUUUGUAGUUUCAGUGGUUUUGAGCAUCUAUAGCUAUCACUAUAGUUGAGCAUCUAUAGCAAUCACUAUAGUUGAGCAUCAAGAUUGUUAGGGCUAUUGGCUGUGCAGAUUAUCAAAAAUCAUGUCUUGUUUGACAGCCAGAACAGGGCGGCAGAGACAGCGGUACGAGGAUCAAUUGAGGCUUGUUUCAGGAUGUAUACCUUAUAGGUUUGAAGAGACGGUAGGGAGUAGCAAUUGCAAUGUAGAGAAAAAGUUGCUUGUUCUCAUGAUUUCUUCACCAGAUCGAGAUGAUCUUGUCUUUCCAAAGGGAGGAUGGGAGAAUGACGAAACCAUGCAUGAAGCUGCUUGUCGCGAGGCCUUAGAAGAAGCAGGAGUGAAGGGAGUUCUUGGUGAAACUCCACUAGGACAAUGGGAGUUCAGAAGCAAGAGCAAACAGAACAAUGGCAGCCUGCAAGGUGGUUGUAGAGGUUACAUGUUUGCACUAAGGGUUACUGAAGAGCUCGACUCCUGGCCCGAGCAGGCCAUCUACGGAAGGAAAUGGGUUACUGUAGAAGACGCAUUCAAAUUCUGUCGGUAUGACUGGAUGCGAGAAGCUCUUAGAAAGCUUUUGAUAGCACUCUCAGAUAACACGGAAAAUGGCCCGAGAGAAGAACUGGACGGAUUUCCUUUGAGGCCAGUUAUCUCAGAAGUCGGAUCAGAGCAUCAAAUAUCAUCACCAUCCGGUUGCUUUGCUAGUCAUUCUAGUGUUCAGCAGCUCGCAGCUUGAGAAUUCAUGUCGCAAACGCAUUGUACACAGGGUUAAUGAAUCAUGUCUAAAUCAAGUCAGAACCCUUGUACUGCAAGUUCCAAUUGUAGCAAAUCCUAGACAUUCGUUGUUGUAUUUCUUUGAUAAUUCUGUUUAACCUGUAAAUAAAUCGAGAUUAAUAGGAGGAACAGUUGGUUUCUCUUGUAGAUUUUCGUGA